ACCCGGCCGGAAAUCGUGGUCUCCAUAGAGACGCUAUCGGAAGUUGGGGUUGCUAGGAGGCCUUGGCGCGUCGGCCAGCCAACAUCAUGGCCGAAGUCCCUGAGGACUACGAUUCCGAGCCGGAUGCAGGUGAAGACCUGGAGUUUGAGGGACCAGAACUGCCCGGGUCUUUCAAAAUGGCUGAGGAUGCCGAACCAGACAGCGCGGCAGAGGCAGGCCCGAAGCUGCCUGAAGAACCUGACCAGGAGCCACAGCCAGGGACGGAGGAAGAGAACUUCCAAGAGGAGGCGCUAAAGAGUGCUAAGAGUGUGCGCUCACAACCAAGACCACCCGGGACCCCGGAGGAAGAGAUUCCCAAGGAAUCGGAGAUAGUCCUUUCUAGUGAGAUUGAGCCAGGGCUUCCCCAAGAGGUAAAGUCGGAGACAUCCAGAGAGAUGGGAGAAGAGCUUUUCAAGGAUUUGGAGGUCCCUAUGGAUGAAAAGCGUGAGGAGCCAGACCUAGAGCCACCGGAGGGUGCUAAAGCAGAUCUAACAGAGGAUGUACUCAUAGGGUCAGCUAAGGAAAUAGAUCUACAGCCACCAAAGGAAACCGAGUCUGGGGUUCCAGGGGCCACACUCAGUGAGACAAGAUUAGAGUUACUAGAGGAGACCAAACCGGAAGUUCUGGAGGAAUCAUUUAUAAAGCCAUACGAAAAAGUAGUUCUAGAGCCUCUAGAGCAGAGCAAACCUGAACUUACAAGUGAGAAACCGAGAAAAUCAAUUGAAGAGGCAGAUCUCCAGCCACCAAAGAUGACCACACUAGGGAUUCCAGAGGAAACACAAAGAAAGUCACCUGAGGAGAAAAGGACAGAGCCAUUGGAGGAGCCCAAACCAGGGUUUCCAGAAGAGAAACCAAGAAAGUCGACUGAGGAUGCAGAUCUAGCACCUCCAGAAGAGACUAAAGCAGAGAUUCCAGAGGAGACACGAAGAAAAUCAACCAAGGAGAAAGGGGCAGAGCCAUCUGAGCAGACUAAACCAGAAUUUCCAGACCGGAAACCAAGUAAGUCUACUGAGGAAACACGAAGAAAGUCAACUGAGAAGAAAGUUCCAGAGCCACUGGAAGAGACAAAAUCAGAGUUUUCCGAGGAAAAAACAAGAAAACCAACAGAGGAAACAGGUUUAGAACCAUCAGGAAAGACCAAGGCAGACAUUCAAGAGGAGACACAAAGAAAGUUGAAUAUGGAGAAAGUUCUAGAGCCCCCACAGGACACUAAACCAGCAGAUCAAAAAGAUAAGCAGAGAAAAUCAACUGAGGAGACGCAGCUAGCACCACCACAGAAGUCCAAAUCAGACAAGACACUGAGAGAGUCAACUGAGGAGAAAGGUCUAGAGCCACCAGAAGGGACUAAACCAGAGUUUCCAAGGAAAAAAACGAAAAGAUCAACGGAGGAAACAGGUCACGUGCUACCACAGAAGACCAAACCAGAGGUUCAAGAGAAGACACAAACAGAGACAACUAAAGAGAAAGAUCUAGAGUUACCAGAUACAGCCAAACCACUACUUAGAAGAGAGACAUAUGUAGAAUUUUCCAAGGAAGAUGGGCCAGAACCAAUCAAAUGGAAGCAUUCUGUAGACAAGGGCGAGCUAGAGCACUCUGACCAUCAAAGAAGAAAGUUGUCCAUAAAAGAAACUAAAAACAUUGCUAAAGACUCUGUGAUAGAGUCUCUUGCAGUAAGUGAAGUAGACUCUGUGAGUACAGAUUAUGAGUUUCCUCAAGAACCCCAGAAACUGUUUGAACUUACAGACAAUGACAUAUAUUCAGAUCCCUCAGAAUCUCAGAGGGAUUUGAGAGAGUCCUUCUGUGAAAAGAAAGUUGUAGAUUUGUCCCCAGAGUUGAAGAAACUGGGACGCAAAGAAACCAAGCCAAAAGGAAGUAUUGAGCUACAAUUUGAGUAUCUUGAAUGGAGCCCGGAGAAAGUUGCAGAGUGGAUUAGCCAGCUAGGCUUCCCUCAAUACAAGGAGUGUUUUACCACAAACUUCAUCAGUGGCCGAAAACUCAUCUAUGUGAACUGUUCAAACCUCCCUCAGAUGGGGAUAACAGAUUUUGAGGACAUGAAGGUAAUUUCUCAGCAUACUCGGGAGCUGCUGGGAAUUGAAGAGCCAUUAUUCAGACGCACCAUCGCCCUUCCCUAUAGGGACAAUAUCGGCUUAUUUUUAGAGCAAAAAGGUCAUUCUGGGGUAAAAUCUGAUUCCUUGACCUUCUCUGAAUUUGUGAAAGAAGCCAGAUUAGAGGAUUAUGCUCCACAAAUAACUGCCCCUGAAGAGAAGGAAGCAUUAUAUUACUUUGAACCAUAGGGAAAAGCCAUUUCACUUAGCUUGAAAGAUCAAACUAAAUCGCUUGGGGGAAGAAGUGUGGUCUUUUUGGGUUUUCUUUUUCUCCUCUUCAUUAAGGAUCAGAGUCAGAACUGCUGGCCUGCUCCUAGUUCUAUCACCCGUUCACAGCACCUUCCCUUUCUUUGUGUAUCAAUUUAGCCCCUCGUUAAAACAGAGAUAGCAAUAUUUCUCUUUCUGGGUAAUUGUAAGAAUUCCUGAUAAAUUCUAGUAUCGGUAUCUGGUAGUAAGAACAUGUUGGGGAAAUAGAAUUACAGGUAAAGUCUCCUGCCAACCCAGAUAAUCCUCUCCACAAAGGCAGGAAAAGAAACAGUUUUAUUGUUGAGUCAGCAUGAAAUCAGACUGUGAUGCACGUCACAGGUAAGCUGCUGAAGAGUUGCAAAGACAAGGAGAUCUCAACCUUUUAUAUUGCCCGGCAGAUACAAUCCAUAACUUACGUGUUAACUGUCCACGUCCAAAAGAAAAAUAAAACCUCUCCAUCUCUUCAUGACAACCAGGAAGUUACUACUUGGAGCCAGGCACUUAGGCCAAACUCCAGGUCAGGGAGACGAGGUGCCCUCCUCCUCGAUACUCACGUUUCACAGAGAGAGCCCCAAGGCCCACCAAAACGUAGUCCUGGGAUGUUAAAAUGGCAGACAGCUUAUUCAGCUUUUUAAAAGAUUUACACCAAUCUCAAAAACAGAGAAAAAUGAUUUAAAUUACAAGUUUUCUAAAGGAAAUAUUUUAAGAAAAAGGAGAGGGAAGUUCUUUUUCCCUUUUGGCAUCAGAGAAAAUUUUUUUUAAAUGUUUUUAUAUUUCUAUUUAUCCUUACAAAUAACAUGGCUUAUAGAAGUACCAGUGACCAUAGGUUUUUUUUUUAUGUGGUGCCUUCCAGACCUUUAUAAAAUGAAAUUCAGGCGAGAGUCUACCCAUGACUGGACUGCUCAAAAGAAAUUGCUGUUCACCUUAAACAAGUAGAUAGCCAGUUAUUUCUCCCACAAAAAUGAAUUUAUUUGGGAUCAGCAAAGAAUUGCAACUCAGGAUCUGCAACCAGGGCAGGCUAUGUGCAAGUAUGGAGCAGCAAGGGGAAGAGAAAACCCUUUUAUACAGGCGAAGAGGAAUUUGGGAGGGCUGUUAUAAAUGAGGAGUCCACUGGAGGAAUUGAGAGUUCGAAGUGUGGUGGUUUAUCAUUGGCUGAGCUCUGGCAGGCUGUCCUUGGCAGAGCCGCUUGCCAGUCAAGAGGAAGUCUUUCUUCCUCCUGCUGGGCUCUGCUAUCAAAGUGGGGUGUGAGAGCUCCCCCUUUUGGCCUCUCGACUCCAUUUUAAUGAGGUUUCUGUUUAUCAUUUUCCAAAUUACAAAAUAUUUCUUGUUGCUUGAAUGAUGCCAGUUCCUCUCUAGUUUUACAGACUUAACUGCACUUCCUCUUCCCCAUCUCAUUUCUUAAUCCUACAAACCACUAUAGGGCUACCCUUAGCCAGAAGGGCAGUGCUGUACCCUGUCCAGUGCCCUGCACCUGCAUGAACACUCGGAGGAAUCCAUUUCUUUUUCUUUUCCUAGUGAGAGAAGGAACAGCGCCUCAAAUUAGCAUUCAUAACAAGUGUUAAUGUUUGAUGUUGAACCUAAUUUUUUCCCAGAUUGAACUAACAAAAUUUUAUCUCAAACCAUUCAACACCACACCAUUGAGUUUGCCUAGCUCGCAAUUAUGCAAAAAGGACAAACAUAAAUGAUUAACCUAAGACCAUGGUGGUUUCCAUGUAUAGUGAAUGGUUUUGAUCAGAAGCACUUUAGCGUUUAGCAAACAAUGGUUCUGUUCAAUGACAGCAUAGUCAGUGUCAUCCUUUCUCAACUUGAUGCUCACUGCUGUUGUUUUCUACUCUUUUAUAAUUGACAAAGUAUUUCCAAAAUAUAAGGAAAUAAAAUAUAGAUCUUAUUGUAGGAGUAUGAGCUAUAUUUUGAAAAAUUUUUUUAGCCAUU